AUGGUCUCAGAGGCCGGAGAGGUCCAGUGCAGGGAAGGGCUUUGUCCACAGUACUUCCAGAAGGUGAUCCCACAUCAGUUUGACAGUUCUCCCGACAAGCUGAUCCUCAAGGCCUACCAGGUCAAGUACAACUCCAAGAAGAUGAAACGGUUGGAGAAGGAGUAUGCGGCCAUCAAAAACAAAGAGAUGGAAGAGCAGAUUGAGAUCAAACGACUCCGAACAGAAAACCGGCUCCUGAAACAACGGAUCGAGACGCUGGAGAAGGAGAGUGCUGCUCUAGCUGAUAGAUUAAUCCAGGGCCAGGUCACCCGGGCCCAGGAAGCCGAAGAGAACUACGUCAUCAAGAGGGAGCUGGCCGUGGUGAAGCAGCAAUGCAGCUCGGCUACGGAGAACCUCCAGAAGGCUCAGAGCACCAUCCGGCAGCUGCAGGAGCAGCAGGAUAAUCCCCGCCUCACGGAGGAGUUUGUGGCCCACCUGGAGACGGAGCUGGAGCAGUCGCGCAUGCGGGAGACGGAGACCCUGAGCGCACUCCGCGAGAUGCAGGACAAGGUCCUGGACAUGGAGAAGAGGAAUAACUCACUGCCGGAUGAGAACAACGUGGCCCAUCUGCAAGAGGAGGUGAAGGCUCUGAAAUUGCGGGAGAGCGAGGCCGUAACCUCCCUGCGGGAGCUGAAGUUACAAGUGCAGGAGCUCACCGACAAUUGGCAGGCCCACCUCUCCCGAGGAGGGCGUUGGAAGGAGUCCCCGCGGAAGCUGGCCCUGGGAGACCUGCAGGAGGAGCUGAUGACCAUUCGGCUGCGGGAGGUGCAGGCCCUGGCCGAGGGGCGGGAGCUGCGACAGCACGUGGUGGAGCUGGAGACCCAGGACCAGAUCCACCGGAACCUCCUGAACCGGGUGGAGGUGGAGAACACGGGGCUGCAGGAGAAGGUUCAGUACCUGGUGGCCCAGAACAAGGGGCUGCAGACCCAGCUGAGCGAGAGCAAGCGCAAGCACGCCGAGGCCGAGUGCAAGAGUAAGGAGGAGGUGAUGGCGGUGCGACUGAGGGAAGCGGACAGCAUGGCGGCCGUGGCCGAGAUGCGACAGCGCAUUGCCGAACUGGAGAUCCAGAGAGAAGAGGGGAUGAUCCAGGGGCAGCUCAACCAUUCAGAUUCUUCCCAAUACAUCCGUGAGCUCAAGGACCAGAUUGAUGAACUGAAGGCAGAGGUACGGUUGCUGAAGGGUCCACCCCAAUUUGAGGAGCCUCUGGCGUUCGACAGUCUCCACUUGGGACGGCAUCUGGACGAGGACUCUCUGCCCUCCUCGGACGAGGAAGAGCUCCUGGGCGUGGGGGUCGGGGCAGCCUUGCAAGAUGCCCUGUACCCGCUAUCCCCCCGGGAUGCCCGCUUCUUCCGCCACCUGGACCGCCCUGCCAAAGACAGCGAAGGCAGCACGGACAGCGAGGCGGAGGAACUGGUCCCGCCCUUUGAGCAGAACCUGGGCAACUGACGCCGCCCCUGAGAGCAGCCCCUGCCUCCGCCGGUGCCCCCGGAGCCAAUUUGGACUUCUCGCGUGGCCCGACUCUCCCAGGCCCCCGUUCCCGGGUCUUCCUGGAGGGGCCGGGCCAACGGGCCAGGGGAGGGAAUGAUUCUAGGGGCCCCGACCCCCUCCCCGCCUCCACCCGAGAGCGUUGACUUUGAGUGUUGUCUACAUGGCCUACUCCUGAGGCCCAUUGUGGUUACUCCAUAUUUAAACUUGACUCCAUUGUGUGGCUUCCCUCCCCACCCACACACCCAUGGCUUCCCCCCACCCCCACCCCCACCCCUGGCCUCUCCUCCUAUUAAGCUCCCUAUUAAGCUCUGUCGGGACCAGAUUUGCUCCAGCUGAGUACCCCCAAAGCCUUCAGGCUUUUCCUGGGGUGCUAGAGCCAGGCUCUUCCCAACAGCAGCAAUCCUGGGAUCUCCUUCCCCAUCCUCACCCAGAGAGCACUCUCUUCUUUCAAUCUAUUUUAUUUUUCCAAAUUUUUAUUUAUCUAGUGGGGGGGCUCUUCGGGUCCCCUUUCUGUCUCCUCCGCCCUCCCAGGGCUCAGAAACUAACACUGCCGUUCCCAUCCCCGAAGGUGGGGCGGAGCAGGGUGGGGUGGGGGAGGAGAUCAGAGCUUCCAGCUGCCUUGUGACUUUUCUGGUGCUGCUGCAGCAGUCAGUGGCCCGGGGCAGCAGAAGGUCCCCUCUUCUCCCAGAUCCAGGGCCACCAAGCUGAUUCCUCCUCCUCCUCCUCCUCCUCCUCCUCCACGUGGCCUUCCCUCCAGCAUGGUGAAAAAUGCAGAAAGUCCCCAAGCCUUCCAGCAGAACAGAGGGAAGUGAGAGCUCAGGAGACAGAAAAACACACACACGCCCCCCCCCCCCCCCCCCCCCCGCACACACACAUCAAGGCCCUGGGGGAAUGAGAUGGAGGAGCUGAGGGCUUUCUCCAACACUUCUGCUGCCUCCUGCUCUUUCCCCCCUCUAUCUCACCUAGUCUGGGGCCCUAUGACUUUCUCUUCCCUACCACCCCAUUGUAGCUCCUCUCUCUGCUGGAGCCACUGGGCACCUUGAGGAGCAACGGGACUGUCCAGGCUGCCUCUCCCUGGCCAAUUUGGGCACCGGGCCUGCCAUCAGCAGCUUCCCUAGAGCUGCCCCCUCUCCCUCUGUCCAUGGGCUUCUUCCUACCAGCCCUGAAACCCCACCAAGCUUCACUGUGCCAUAUUGCCAGCAGGAAGGGGCCAGAGGGUCCUGGGCCCUCCACGUUGACUGUUCAACCAGCAGUCUGGGCUGUGCGUCACCCCCCACCCCCCCGGCCCCCGGGUCAACUCAGCUCAGCCAACCCAGACCCUUCACUUGGGGCCUUGCCCGUCUCCUGCGUAGAUUACCGGGUGAAGAGCAGGGAGAAGAAGGGAAGCCCUGGAAGAGAAACUGGGAGCAUGCUGCAGGUCUCCUCCCCGGUUCCCUGGAGGGAUGUGUUUACAAAACGGUGCCUGUAGGCACACGAUGAAGAUGGUACCCACUGCUCACACAGUGAGUAACCAAAUACUUUAGCUUUUUCAUCACCCUCCCUCGACCCAGAGGCUAGAGGUCAAGGACAGCUUCACCCCCCACCCUCACCCCGAACUCCCACCACCACCACGCUUGAUUCUUGGCAUCUGGCCUCUCCCCCUGACCCAGCUAGGAGGGUCCUGGCCAGAAAGCCAUCCCCACUCCACCCUUCUUCUUCCUUCCCCCAGCCACAUCGGUUCUCAGAGUUCUCACCGGUUGUUUGUAUUUAUUUGCCAAGUUGAGAAAUAUUUAUCAAGGUGCCAAAUUCUCUGUGCACAUCUCCCCCGGUUUUCUCCACCUUGUUCCCUCUCCUCCCACCACCUCAGCUGCUGCUCAGCCCAAGGCCAGGCCUGCCACGUUGGUGCUCCCAGCGUUACCGCAUUCCCCACCGGUGACACCCCAGCAGGCGGUCUGUUCCGGGCGCCAUUAGGGCACGCCCUGGGUUGGGCUUCUCCCUUCCCUGCCCCGUUUCCCCCGCACCCACCCUCGCCCCACCUCCCGUGUCGGAGCCAGAAAAGAGCAAGAGGGUUGGAUCUGUUCCAGCCCAGGCUGGGGUUUCUCCUGUCCACUCUCCCUCCCCAGCCUCUGCUCUGUAACGUCAUGUAACUGUGUGACCCCACACUCCCCUCCCCUCCGCCUCCCUGCCACCAUGUUUUCAGACUGUAUAAAUCCAUCUGUUUCCCCCACAAGGUUGGAAAGAAUAAUAAAACUUAUUUACACAGUC